GACGUGGGAAAUGCCAGGACUUCGGGAAAGCUGCCAGGGGCGUGCUCGGAGGUCGUGUCCCCCAGGAUCGGCUGGGGGGCCCCGAGAUGCCUUCUAAGCUGGAGACGCGGCCAAACCGUUGCUGGGCCCCUUAGGGUCCCACCAAACCUUCUCCGUACCUCCUCCCUUUAGAGGCUGAAAUCCAGAGUCCUCCGUGGGCCGGCACCAGGAAGCAAACUGCUGAUGUUGGUGCUUUGCGUCCACAUCCAGUGGGAAGUAGAGUCUUGCCCGGGGGCCUGCGUCUGCUACAGCGAACCCAAGAUCACCAUCAGUUGCCAGCAGCAAGGACUGACGGCCAUCCCGACCGCCAUCCCCACCCCGACGCAACGCAUCUUCCUGCACAACAACCAGAUCCCGUUGGUGCAGGCCACCAGCUUCCGCUCUUGCCGCAACAUGACCAUCCUUUGGAUCCAUUCCAACAACAUCAGCCUCGUCGAGCUGGAGGAGUUGGACCUCAGCGACAACGUCAACUUGAAGGCCAUCAACCCCACGACGUUCCAGGGCCUCGUUCACCUUCACACCUUACACCUCGAUCGCUGCGGGCUCCUGGAACUCUCCACGGGGCUGUUCCGAGGGUUGUUCUCCUUGCAGUAUCUCUACCUUCAGGAGAACAACCUCCAGAGCCUGCCGGACGACACGUUCCUCGAUCUCGCCAACCUCACCUACCUGUUUUUGCACGGGAAUAAAAUUAAGAGCUUGUCGGAGAACGUCUUUCGUGGGCUGAUCAACUUGGAUCGGCUCCUGCUGCACCAGAACCGAGUCAGUCUGGUGGACCGGAAAGCGAUGACCUUGUAUCUCUUCAACAACAACUUGACCGUGCUCCCGGGAGAAACCAUGGCCCCCUUGGUAUCCCUCCAAUACCUACGCUUGAACGGGAACCCGUGGAUUUGCGACUGCCAGGCCCAAUCCCUCUGGAGUUGGUUCAAACAAUUCAAAGGUUCCUCGUCAGAGCUGGAGUGCCAUCUACCGGCUCACUUGGCCGGCCGGGACCUCAAAAAGCUGCAGAGCAGCGACUUGGAAGAGUGUCUUGACUCUUUGAAUCAGAUACGAACCAGCGUCUUUAGCACAAAGACCCGAUCGGGCAAACUUCCCACCACCGACCCUCCACUCAACUCCCGGAAGUGCUGCCAACCGGACACGGACAAAUCUUUUAUGUAUGAAGCCAAGGGCAAGGCGGGUCCGUCUUCGCACAGCAGCCGGGCAUCGUCCAACAACCCUCUCAAAGAUAAAGAGAACAUGUCCAAAACCAAAUACGUCGACACGGACCCUUCCAAAAACGGGAGCAACAAACACAUUAAUGACUCCCCAUUUGGGACUUUCCCCAGCGUUGUAGACCCUCCGUUGACCAAGCUGAGACCAGAUUUCCUCGCGCCCAUGGAAUCGGCCACGGUCCCGACCAAAAAGAGGCAGGGGUGCUCUAAAAAAACCAAGUCCAAGGCGCAGUGUCGCCUCACCCAACAAGGAACCAGUGCCACGUUAGAACCAAGCCUACGUCUUCUGUUUCCCGUCUUGGCGUGGAGCUUAAUGUUCUCCUAAACGCGACUGUUGGGUGACACUUUCAUACCAGGAUUUUGCUGACCUCCGGAAACGUUGCCAGAGGGAAGCCAAUGGUGAGAGUCCCUCAAGAAAGUUUUGUUACACAAAAGUUAACUGGAUGCCUUUAUUAGACAAAAACCAAGAUGUACAUAAUUUAUUUGUCCUGAGUUAUCCCUUUGGUCUUUGGAACGGCACUUACCUUCUGGCUUUUGCUACCACCGAUGGUAAAGAAAUAUCAUUUACAGACACACACACACGCAGAGAGAGAACAAAAAAACCCACACAAGCAACAUCGUCCGGACGCAAAGGCUCCCGCAGGAUUGUCGGCCGUCCGUUUGGAACUCACCCGUACGCUGAACGGCAUUGCAAGCUCCCAUUGGCCGAGGCGACGCCUCCGUUUACGAAUACUGCCAUUUUCCUGUGUUCAUUUCCGCCACACCACGUCCCGGGGCGGCAUUUGUUCAAGAAUGCUGCGUUCGCCUCCAUGAAGAUUUGCAGUAUCUCUAGAUAUGCAUUUUCUUUUACUUGUGUACAAGUAUACAAAAAGUAUGAAAUAAAGAGGUUCUUUUUUUCCUA